AACAACAACUCCAAUGACUCCCAAUACAGCAACACAUCUCACAUCAGAAACUUCUUCAAUGACUCCCAAUACAGCAACACAACUCACAUCAACAACAACUUCAAUGACUCCCAAUACAGCAACACAACUCCCAUCAAGAACUUCUUCAAUAACUCCCAAUAGAGCAACACAACUCAUAUUAACAACUUCAGUGGCUCCCAAUACAGCAACACAACUCACAUCAGAAACUUCUACAAUGAAUCCAGAUACAGCAGCACAAUUCACAUCAACACCAACUACAACUUCAACGAAUCCCGAUACAUCAACCCAACUUCCACCCGCAUCAACUACAGCUUCUUCAAUGAAUCCAAAUACAUCAACACAACUUCCCCUCACAUCAACUACCACAACGCAAUCAACUAUUACACCUUCGACUCAAGCUCUGACAGAUUCAGAUGUGAAUAACACAACUAGUCUGUCAGACAUGUCAUCUCCUUCUUCAACCUCACCAGUGUCUACCACAACCCCUCAAACUACCCAGACCACAUCAAUAUCUGCCCAGACUCUUUCAAGCAUUAGCCAACCAAUCAGUGAAUCCGAUACCUCAGAUACAACAACCAACAGCGCAACAGCAAUCUUUUCCGCUGCACCAAAUGUUACAACUCAAGUAACCAAUCAGACGGCGGUUCUGCGAACAAUGACGAAUAAUGAUACAUUAGUCACAGACCCAUUCGUGGCACAGUGUAACUUUUCCCAGUACUGCAGUAAUGAAUCUUCAUAUUACUGGAUGCUUGUGGAGGUGAAUGGCUCCAAUUUGACAGAGAAAGGAAUUAAAAUUUGGUUUUCAGAUGUUUUUAAUAUGAGCACCUGCUCUGCUGGAUUUUCAGUAACAGGAGUUAAAAAUACAUCAUGCCAACCUAGCAUAGUCUUUGUGACUGCUGAGGUUAGAUGUGAAGACAAGCAGAAUAUUCAAGCAACCAAUUGCACUGUGCUGCUACAGUUGAGCCAGCCGGUGAAUAAAUACAUCCUCCACAGCCUGAUAGAAAACAGGACUACAGACCCAUCAAUCCAGGUCCAGCUUCUGGGAGACAUUGAAAGAGUGGGAAAAGGCCUUUGUCCAGAGCCCAAUAUUUCAGCCCCUGGAGGUGUUUUUUUGCAUUGCACAUCUCCAAUGUCUUACGAUGAUGUCUGCAAGAGCCAAGAAUAUGUCAAUGUCACAUGCUCUUAUAAUAACUUGAUUGCUAAUCAGUCCAAAGAUGACAAGCAAGUCACAAGCAAUUGUACGUGUUAUGGGGCUAACGAUAAUGAGACAUAUUAUGCUGUUCGUCUAAAGAUUGAAAGCCCAGAUGUGAAUUUCACCUACGUUCAGAACAUGGUUGUACGGUUGAGCAAUCCCUGUAGCGGAUCUGGAAUAACAAAAUCUAUGUGUAAUUCUUCUUCUGAACUGUACCAGGGAAUGCACUUGGAAUGUUUUGGUGAAGCAACAAGGCUAUACUCAUGUAUGCUAGCUCUGCAGCUGUCAAAAUCACUGGAUGUUUGUACAGUUAGUAAAGCUAUUCGCAUGUCUUGGAUGAACAGUAUCAACAUUAGUUUUGAUGGUCCUCUUAGAAGAUUAGCCAUAUGUCGGUCGCCCAAUGUCUCAGAAACCAUUCCUUUGAAUUCCACACUUACUUGGGUCUCGGUUGACAAUUACUUGGAUAUCAAUGACAUCACAGACAAUAUGACAUGUGCACAGGGUCAAACGUUUGCUCUUCUUUUAAAAGACAGCUGUGUGAUCUUCCCUUCUGAACCCUACACAACUCCCAAAACAAGCUCUGGAAGCAGUGCUGCAUUACCAAACAUCAUUUCUCCAUUAGUAACUACCACUCAAACACAGACUGCAGUCACAGCAUCUACAACGAUCUUAAACACUCAUGAUACACCACUCAAUAGAACAGUAUUAACAUCUCCUACAUCCAUCAACAGUAGAGACUCUCAAACAAACAAUGUUUUAUCUAAUACAACAAGCCUACCGCUCAUUCCAGCACCAAACAAUAUGACAUCCUCAGCAGUUGGUACACUGGUCAAUACAACAAUUACACAAAACAAUAUGACAUCCUCAAAUAUCAGUACAACAGUACAACAGACAGCAGUCCCAUCAGUAAGUACAACAAUACAACAAACAACAAUCCCAUCAGUCAGUACAACUUCUACCCCAAACAAUUUAACAUCCACACUGACCAGUACAACAAUACAACAGACAACUGUACCAUUGGUCAAUAGCACAGGUGCAGCAAACAAUCUAACAUCCCCAUUGACCAGUACAACAAUACAACAGACAACUGCACCAUUGGUCAACAGCACAGGUGCAGCAAACAAUAUAACAUCCCCAUUGACCAGUACAACAAUACAACAGACAACUGCACCAUUGGUCAAUAGCACAGGUGCAGCAAACAAUAUAACAGCCCCAUUGACCAGUACAACAAUACAACAGACAGCAGUCCCAUCAGUGAGUACAACAAUACAACAGACAACAAUCCCAUCAGUCAGUACAACUUCUACCCCAAACAAUUUAACAUCCACACUGACCAGUACAACAAUACAACAGACAACUGUACCAUUGGUCAAUAGCACAGGUGCAGCAAACAAUAUAACAUCCCCAUUGACCAGUACAACAAUACAACAGACAACUGCACCAUUGGUCAAUAGCACAGGUGCAGCAAACAAUAUAACACCCCCACUGACCAGUACAACAAUACAACAGACAACUGCACCAUUGGUCAAUAGCACAGGUGCAGCAAACAAUAUAACACCCCCACUGACCAGUACAACAAUACAACAGACAACUGCACCAUUGGUCAAUAGCACAGGUGCAGCAAACAAUAUAACACCCCCACUGACCAGUACAACAAUACAACAUACAACAUCCACACUAGUCAAUACCUCAGGUACGCCAAACAAUGUAACAUCCCCACUGACCAGUGCAACAAAUCAACAGACAUCAACCCCACUGGUCAAUACAUCAGGUGCACCAAAUAAUAUAACACCAAACAAUAUAACAUCUGCACUGACCAGUACAACAAUACAACAGACAACAGCCUCAUUGGUCAAUAGCACAGGUACACCAAGCAAUAUAACAUACCCACUGACCAGUGCAACAAAUCAACAGACAACAUCCUCAUUGGUCAAUACCUCAGGUACACCAAACAAUAUAACAUCCCCACUGAUCAGUAUAGCAAAUCAACAAACAACCUCAGAGAUCAGUACAACACAUACGACAUAUGAUAAAUCAUCUCAAAUUAGCAAUUCAGCCGGUGCCACAUACAAUAAUACAACCCCAAUGGUCAGUACAAUUAAUACAAUUAUAAAUAUAACAAUUUCAACAAAAAGUAAAGAAGGUACAGAAAACAACACAACAGCCUCAAUGGUCAACAUAACUGAUACAACACUUGAAAUAAAGAUUCCAACGGUCAAUACCGAAGCUACAGCAAACAAUACAACAGCCUCUGUGGUCAAUACAACAGAUAAUCUAAAUGAAAAAACAAUCUUGGUAGUCGGUACAACAGUACAAAAGACAACAACUGAACCAGCCCAUACAACAGGUACACCAUACUAUGAAACAAACUCAGUGAUCACUACAACACAGACAACAUAUAAUAACACAUAUAUAGUUGGCAACACAACAGGUUCAACACACAAUAUUACACCCCCAAUGGUCAGUAUAUUGAAUACAAUAUCAAAUAUAACAACUUCAGGGAGUACAGCAGGCGCAAAAAACAAUGAAACAGCCUCAAUGCUCAGCACAACAGAUACAACGAUCGAUACAACAACAACGGUCAAUACAACAGAUACACAGUACGAUAAAGUAUCCUCAAUGGUCAGUACAACAGUACAAAAUCUAACAACCCCAUCAGUCCAUCCAACAAGUACACCAUACAAAGGCACUACCUCAGUGGUCAGUACAACAGACACAAUGAAUGAUAAGACAUCUCUAAUUGACAAUACAACAGGUACAGCACACAAUAUUACAUUCUCAGUGAUCAGUUCAACACAUAAAACAUAUGAUAAAACUUCACCUGUGAGCAAUACAACAGAUCUGAUACCCAAUAUUACAACCCCAAAAGACAGUACAAUGAUUAUGACAAUAAAUGUUACAACCUCAACAGAGAGUACAGCAGGUACAGAAAACAAUGCAACAGUCUCAAUGGUCAGCACAACAGAUACAACACUCGAUUUAACACCCCCACCGGAGAACACAGCAGGCAUAUCAAACAAUAUUACAACUUCACAUGUUAGUACAGUAGGCCCACCAAACAGUACAACAACAUCAAUGAUAAAUACAACAACCCAACCAGUGAGAACAACAGCAACAGCAUUAAAUAUGACAAAAACACAGUAUAUCAUAACAGAUAUAACCCUUAAUAGAACAUCCUCACCAGUCCAUACAACAGGCAGACCUAAUGGUUCAACAACCUCAGUCAGCACAAGUGAUACAACACUAAAUGUAACAACCUCACCUGACAGUACAAGAGAUACAACACUUGAUGCAUCAAUUGUCAGACCAGAUGUGCCACAAAAUAACACAACCUCUCUAACUCAAGCAACAAGCACACCACAGAGUAUAACACCAUUACUGGACAGUGCAACUACAAAGGGACUUAGCAUAACAACAGAAAUUACAGCUAACAUAACAGCCGUACCAGUACAUUCAACAGAUGCACCACACACUAUAACAUCUUCAUCAGUCACAAUAACAGAAACCACAUUCAAUAUUACAACCCCAAUGAUGAGUACAACAGCUAUACCACACACAGUAACAACCUCAUCAGUUGAAACAACAGGCACACCACACAGUACAACUUCGCCAAUGAUCAGUACAACUAAUAUAACACUCAAUACUCAAACCUCACUGGUCAGUGCAACAGAAAUGCCACACAAUACAACGUCAUCAACAGAUAUGCCAUACAAUGUAACACCAUCACUGAUAAUUACUACAAAUGCUACACUUGAUGUAACAACCCAACUAGUCAACACAACCAGGACACCACACAAUACAACAACCACAUUGGUCAGUACAACUGGUACAACACUCAAUACAACAGCCUCAGCAGUCAGUACAAUGGUCACACCAAUCAAUAAUACACCAUCAUACAAUAAUACAACAGGUACACCGUUAAAAACAACUACACAGAUAAGUAGAACUCCCAUUACACCUGUUGCACUAAAUUCAACAGUCAGACCUCAAAUGACCAAGCCUUACACCUCAACCACACUAGAUCAUACAACAGUCACACCAUUCAAUACAACAGUCACACUUCUCAACUCUACAGUCACAUCACCCAAAGCUGCCGAAUAUGUGACACAAUCUAACACAAGUAGUUCUUAUUUCUCUGGUGUAACAAACAAAAGUACAGAUGUUACACAGUUUAAUAUGACACAGUAUAGCACAAAACUUGGAAACACUAAUCCUCACGGUUACCACAACACAACCGAAACUCCACAUGCUACACAAUAUAUCACAACUGCUCUUUCCGAAAAUGCAACAACCUUAAAUGACACAACCCUAGCUCACACAACAGACUCGCAAAUGAAUGUAAACAAAUCUUCACACAACACAACUCAGUCAACUGAAUUUAAUACAACAGACAUUCCAUUUGUGACUACACAACUUCUGAAUAGUUCUACAAUGGAAACCAUACAUGCUAGAGGUAAUGCCACAACAGAUACACACCUUAACAGCACUACAAUUGAUUCUCUUAACUAUACAACUAUUAAAACAACACGUUUUACAGAUGUUACUUUAAACGUAACAGAUUCCCCAUUCAACACAACACAAUCAAAUACAACAGACUUGGCUAUAAACACAACAGAUAUGCCAGUUAAUGUAACUCUGAACACAACAGAUUUAUCAUUCAACAAAACACAAUCAAACAAAACAGACUUGGCAAUAAACACAACAAAUAUGCCAGUUAAUGUAACUUUGAACACAACAGAUUCCCCGUUCAAUACAACACAAUCAAAUACAACAUACUUGGCAAUAAACACAACAGCUAUGCCAAUGAAUGUAACUUUGAACACAACCAAUUCCCCAUUCAAUACAACACAAUCAAAUACAACAGACAUAGUAAAAAACACAACUGAUACGGUAAUGAAUGUAACUUUGAACACAACAGAUUCCCUAAUCAACACAACACAAUCAAACACAACAGACUUGGCUAUAAACACAACAGAUAUGCCAGUUAAUGUAACUCUGAACACAACAGAUUCAUCAUUCAACAAAACACAAUCAAACAAAACAGACUUGGCAAGAAACACAACAAAUAUGCCAGUUAAUGUAACUUUGAACACAACAGAUUCCCCGUUCAAUACAACACAAUCAAAUACAACAGACUUGGCUAUAAACACAACAGCUAUACCAAUUAAUGUAACCUUAAACACAACAGAUUCCACAUUCAACACAACACAAUCAAAUACAACAGACUUGGCUAUAAACACAACAGCUAUGCCAAUUAAUGUAACCUUAAACACAACAGAUUCCACAUUCAACACAACACAAUCAAAUACAACAGACUUGGCAAUAAACACAACAGCUAUGCCAAUUAAUGUAACCUUAAACACAACAGAUUCCCCAUUCAAUACAACACAAUCAAACACAACAGACUUGGCAAUAAACACAACAGCUAUGCCAAUAAACGUAACUUUGAAUACAACAGAUUCCCCAUUUAAUAAAACACAAUCAAACACAACAGACUUAGCAAAAAACACAACAGCUAUGCCAAUAAACAUAACCUUAAACACAACACAUUCCCCAUUCAAUACAACACAAUCAAAUACAACAGACCUGGCAAUAAACACAACAGCUAUGCCAAUGAAUGUAACCUUGAACACAACAGAUUCCCUAAUCAACACAACACAAUCAAAUGCAACAUACUUGGUAAAAAACACAACAACUAUACCAAUGAAUACUACCAGCUUCAACAAGACUACUGUCAGUCCUAUCAUAGACCCCAAAGAAUCCUCCAAUAACACAACAAAAACAACAGAAACUAUUACCAGUGUGCCAACUACAGUGUCUGUCACAACUGUUGGUCUCCUUAACACAACAGAUUCAGCUGUUAAUGGAAAUACAAUCAGCAAUACAACUACUACAAUAAUCCCAACCACUACUCCUAAAAACAUACCAACAAAUGCUACCACUAUUGACACAACCCCAAGCUCCACUUCCACAACAGCACCUCCAGUUCUUGCUCCAAAUUCAACAACUAUAAGCAACACAAGACCGGUGACCACAACAACCACCAUUCCAAAUGUUCCGUCAACUUCCACUGUUACAACGGCAACCACUUCAGCAACAACUGAAAGCCCAGAUGCAGUUGCUGGUAAUCUUCUGAAUCAAACCCACGAUAUAGCAUCUCUAAACUCAAGUGAGGUGAACCAGCUGGUCAGCAAGCUAGAGAAUAUUCUCUCUGCACCGAAUAUCAGUGUGGAUCUGGGUCGAACUGUGCUUGGCGUCAUCAACAAUUUUCUAAACAGCACUUCAGGAACUCUGGGUUCCUCCUCUAACCGGUUAAUCAAAGCUGUGGAUGAUUUGGCUCUAAAACUUGUGAUUCCGGACCAGUUUGUAAACCUUGUAUUUGAUUCACUCGCGUUGACUGUAGCCAAAGUCGAUGGGACCAAUUUUAGGCCAACAUCCUUCUCAAUUGCAGAUCCCUUAAACCCACAGGUCACAAAAUCCCUUCAAAGAUCAGUCAGGGCUGUGGAAAGUUCCUCCCCAAACCUGGGCAAAAUAACACUGCCUGCAUCCCUAACUGAAAAUCUCUCUCCAGAGGAACAAAAGAUGGCCUCUAGAGUCCAGUUCACAUUCUAUCAGAAAUCCACCUUUUUUCAGGAUACAAAUCUGAACCAAAUGAAGCUGAAUAGCUACAUUCUGGGCUCUAGCAUGGCUAACCUGUCAAUGCGAAACCUGAGGGAGAACAUAGAGUUUACUCUGAUGAAUAAGCAGCCUGUUGCGGGAAACUAUGUAGCUGUUUGUGUUUUCUGGGAUUUUGACAAAAAUGAAGGUUCAGGAGGCUGGAAUAGGGAUGGCUGCAGUGUCACGAACAGCAGCACGGAGAACGAAACCAUCUGCAGCUGCAGUCAUCUGACCAGCUUUGCUGUGCUCUUGGACAUUAGCCAGCAAGGUGUAACUGACCGAAUGCAGGCCACCAUCCUCACCUUCAUCUCUUACAUUGGAUGCGGGGUGUCUGCCAUCUUUCUUUCAGUCACUUUACUCACUUACCUCUCAUUUGACAAAAUCCGUCGGGACAUUCCUUCGAAGAUCUUGAUCCAUUUGUGCUUUGCGCUGCUGUUCCUGAACCUGGUGUUCUUGUUGGACUCGUGGCUCGCGCUGUACAAAGAUGCAGUAGGCCUGUGCAUUUCUACGGCCUUCUUCCUUCACUACUUUCUGCUGGUCUCCUUCACCUGGAUGGGGCUGGAGGCUCUGCAUAUGUAUCUGGCCAUCGUCAAGGUCUUCAACAACUUCAUGUCCCGAUACAUGCUGAAGUUCUCUCUGGUUGGCUGGGGAGUGCCUUUGGCUGUCGUCAUUAUUGUGAUUGCGGUGAACAAGGAUAACUACGGCCUCAUAAGCUAUGGGAAAUUUUCUGACGGCACAACAGAUGAUUUUUGUUGGCUGAAAAAUAGCACAGCAUUCUAUGUGGCUGUUGUGGCAUAUUUCUGCAUCGUAUUUGUUCUGAACAUGGCCAUGUUUGUGGUGGUGAUGAUCCAUCUGAGACGAAUCAAGCGCAGAAACCCCCACAAUAACCAGUACCGCAGCGGUGUGCAAGACCUCCGUAGCAUCGCGGGACUCACCUUCCUGCUGGGACUUACAUGGGGCUUUGCCUUCUUCGCCUGGGGACCUGUCAACUUGGCCUUCACAUAUCUGUUUUCCAUCUUCAACUGCCUUCAGGGCUUUUUUAUUUUUAUUUUCCACUGCGCUCUGAAGGAAAAUGUGCGUAAAGAGUGGAGAAUAUACCUUUGCUGCGGCAGUUUACGAUUGCCUGAAAAUUCAGAGUGGAGUCGGACAGCCACACAAAGCCAGAACACCAAGAAGACUUCAAUUAUGACAGCAGACUCAUCUAAUUCGGGGACAAACAGUGCACCACGAAGCUCAGUGAGCAGUGAUGAUUCAGUGCCGUCCCAUGGCAUCGGCUCACCGUUUGACGACAGUACAAUCUUGUCAGAAGAAGUGAAUGGUGAUGUGGUCAUCAACGAGAUCAACAGUCAGCUCCAUUCAAGACCCAGAUCUGUGUAGAAGAUGUAAACCUACAGAGAAGAUUAGGUGAAGAAAACAGGCCUGCAGUCCUGAAAAUAAUGAAUAAUGAAUCUGGCGACUCAUGAAAAGUGGACAAAAACAGAACUCUUGUCAUUUCUCUGAAUGAGUUAUGCAGGAAAGCCAUUCAGCUUCAGUGGCAGACAUUUUAUUAUUUGUAACUGUUCACAGAUGAGUAAUGAACAGGAAGAGCAAGGAGCUUUGGGAGCCACUGCGUAAGAAUAUCUCCAAGAGUGUGACUGGUAUAUUACACCCCACUUUUGCAGUGUCAACAGUUUUAAACUGCCAUAUAUUUUUAGUAAACAGUAUUAAACACUGCUUCUCUGCAACAAAAAUAAUCAUUUGAGCUUAAAAAUACUAGCGCAUUUAAUCAAACUUUCAGUUUUUUUCUAAUAAUGAAGGACUAUAUAAAAUAUAGUAUACGCUACUUCACAUCAAUCUGUCAGAUGUGUUAAAGAAAGACUGAGAUUAAUUUCAUUGCUGGUCAAGUUCUCUGUUUUGAUGUUUAUUUGUUUGAUUUGUACAUUUUGUAGCCAUUCUCAGUUUUAUAGUCCUCAUUUAAGGAGGAAAUAUGGACAUAAUGUGUCUGUUAAUGUAAUGUAAUUAGUUUUCAGCAUACUACACACAAAAAAACAGUUGUCUAAUUGUUUUGAGUAGUACAGUAGUUUUGAGUAGUUGGUUCCUUAAAACCCAACGUAAAAUAAUGUGAUGUCUUGUGUUUAGAUCAUUGUUUUUUGUAGUUUUAUGUAUUUAUGAUUAUUUUACGAUUGUACAUUUUAGGCAAAGUUAGGAAUCUGAGAUUCUAACAUAAUAAAUAAAUAGUUUAUUAUGCUUUCUA